AUGCAAAAUACAGAAGAUCGUGUCGUGGUCGCGAAAGGAGAGUGCGGAGAGACAAAAACUUUCUCGCUGAAAGCAGAUGAUAUUUUUUUAGCACCAAUUCAUGGCCGUUGGUCAUCAUGGCAGAGCUGGGGUAGUGUUGGCUGUCAAGGUGGUUAUCAAACAAGAUACCGCUACUGCACCAAUCCCCCACCAGCCCACGGUGGAUCCAGAUGCAGUGGAAGUCGUAGCCAAAAACAGGAUUGCCCUGAGUGUUCUCUUGGUUUGGCACAGUGCGAACAUCUAUGCCAUAAUACGCUCGGUUCAUUCACGUGCAGUUGCUAUCCUGGGUAUCAAACAUCGCCACAAAAUUGGAAAAGAUGCGUCAGAAUCACCUGUGACACAAGUGACUGGCCGUCUCCAAGCAACGGACAGAUCUCGACCCCUUGUCGUGGUAAAUCGCAGGUUCCUCAUGGGACUCAGUGCGUGGUCACGUGCAAUCGUGGCUUUGAAAUAGUCGGAAACACAAGCUCUCUUUGUGACGUUAAUGGCAGCUGGAGCCCUAAAGCAACCGCAAAUUGUCGAGUACGUGCAUGUCCAUCCCUAAAGGCACCAGACAAUGGACAAAUCACUCCUGAGAUUUGUAAAAUAAAACCCCUGCAUGGUCAAAAUUGCUUCUAUGAAUGUAGCUCAGGCUACGCUCGAGUUGGUUCUUGCUGGAAUAUUUGUGACAACGGGCAAUGGAGACAGGGUAUCUUCCACUGUAAAGACGUGGAAGCACCUUCAUUUGGUGAAACCUGUCCAGCCUCAAGAAGUGCUGUUGCAGAGAAAGGGAAAACCUCAGCGGUGGUGACCUGGGCGCCAGUUAAAGUCACCGACAAUCAUCAAGCAAAUUUAACUGUGUUCCCUGCAGUGACACCCCCACAUAUAUUUUCUGAAGGAGAUCAUACCGUGAUCUACACUGCUAAAGAUCCAUCGGGAAACAUAAAACAAUGCUCCUUCAAAAUUACAGUUCAAGUUUUUAGAUGCUCCGCUCUCUUUUCACCUGCAAACGGGAAGAUAGAGAAUUCCGCCUGUGGAAAUAUAUAUGGAAGUGUCUGCCGCUUCGCGUGUUCCAAGGGCUAUGAUUUGAAGGGAUCUGCCGAGAGAAAGUGUGCCAAGAAAGCAGGCACAAAUGUAGUAUAUUGGACAGGAAAUGCAACUUCCUGUGAGGUCAUCCAGUGUCCCUCACUGCAUACUCCAGACUAUGCAAUACAGUCCGGAUAUGGGUGCAGUGGCUUGAGCUCUAACUACGGCACUUCCUGCUUCUUCAGCUGCCUGGUAGGAUAUGAGACUCUAGUAGGAUCACAAAAAAGAACUUGUCUGGAGACUAGACAGUGGAGUGGAACCGAGCUACAGUGUCAAGCUAUCACCUGUUCCCCUUUGACAAUAAAAUCGGAAGGACUGGACAUUAGCCCUCCGUUCUGCACCAAUGCAAGUGCUGUCAUUUAUUACGCAUCAGAGUGCUGGUUCACAUGCAAAAACGGUUAUCAACACCAUGGACCUGGGGUGAAGACUUGUAAUCAGCAGAAGACAUGGGCGCCAUUAGGAAAUCCAUGGUGCAAUGAUGUCUCAGCACCAGUUAUCUCAAACUGUCCGUCAAAUAUUGUAGCCACCGCUGACAGGGGUUCCACGUCCACGCUAGUCACGUGGUCUCAUCCUUCAGCUACAGACAACUCUGGCUUCAUCCCCAACAUAACACAUUAUGGGAAACAACCAGGGGACUUAUUUCAUGCUGGGGAACACAGCAUCCGGUACUUGGCUUCAGACAAAGCAGGAAACGUGGCCGAAUGCAAAUUUAAAGUCUUCGUGUUAGUUGUCCGAUGCCUGCCUAAAUUGUAUGCUCCAGCUGGAGGCUCCUUACAGUGUACCAAAGACAAUCAGUAUGGAUCAGAAUGCUCCUUCGCUUGCCGUGAUGGCCAUGCAAUGAAUGGCUCUGACCGCAGAAUCUGCGAGAAGGAUCCGAUUACGUCGGUUGGUGUCUGGACUGGGAAUGAGACAAAGUGUGAACUCGCCAAGUGUGAUCGACUCGUUCCCCCUCCAAACAGCAUACUGUCUGGUUGCGGAGGCGGUUCCUUGCAAAACGUCUUUGGUGACAAAUGUCUUCUGUACUGCGUCCGUGGCUAUCGCCUGGUUAACGGCUCGACUGAGAGGGUCUGUCAAGCAAAUGGUACCUGGUCUGGAGAAAAACCGCAUUGUCAAGUUGUCCAUUGUAAGUCCCUUGAAGCUCCAUCAGAUGGUCAGGUGACACCCGACUCUUGCAGAAUUUAUCCUGAAUACGGUACUACAUGUCACUUUUCAUGUCCCCAAGGCUAUAGACUGCAUGGAGAGCCAAUAGUGACCUGCCUUAGCGACGGUCAAUGGUCAGGAAACACCACUACGUUUUGCAAAGAUGUGGAAAAACCCUUGUUCGGCGGUACUUGUCCCAGUAGUGACAUCAGAAGGUACGCAGACAGGGCUAAAAACUAUACCACUGUAAACUGGCCUGUAGUGGUUGCCACAGAUAACUCUGGCAUGGCAACCAAUGUUACGAAACAUGGUGUUCCUUCCGGGAACAAGUUCUACGAAGGACGACAUGAGGUCAUUUACAACGCAAGUGACGCAGCAGGAAAUUACAGAAUCUGCAAAUUCCACGUCACGGUCGAAAUUGUGCGAUGCCAAACAUUGUUUCCUCCAUUAAACGGCUUUCUAGUGGGAGACUGUGACAACAGCUUCGGCUGCACAUGUCAAAUGAGAUGCAAAGAUGGAUAUAACUUGUUGGGAUCCGAGAUCCUCACCUGCCUUCACAAACCGGGCCAUCUUACCGGGUACUGGAACGGAUCGAUUCCGACCUGUAAAAUACGUUCCUGUUCUUCACUAAGUGCGCCUCAGAAUGGUUUUAUUUACCCGCACAUGUGUACAUUUUCCCCAGAUAGUGGAACUGUCUGCUCUUUCGAAUGCAGACAUGGUUUCUCUGGGAACGGAGGAGUUAGCUCGAUUCUGUGUGGGAAUGAUGGAAACUGGACCAAAAAUGAAUCUUCAAUUUUACAGUGCCUUGGUAACCGCUUUGUAAAUUAUCAUAUAUUGAUCCGAGUAUGUGUUGUAUCAGUAUCAGUGUCAAUCUUGUGUAUCGUUGAUAACUGCAUAUAAAUAGAGGCUGGUCAGUCUUUUUCGCUUAGUUAAUGUUGUAAAUGAGAAUAAAUGAGAAUCUGACUUGGUCAGACCAUGUAGAACACCUCUGUGCCAAAGUCUCGCAAAGAUUGGGUUUAUUACGAAGAAUUAAGUGUUUUCUUCCGAGGAACAUCAGAGAACUUUUUGUUAAGACGACCAUAACACCGUUAUUAGACUAUGCGGAUGUUACAUGGGGAGACAAAAACAAUGUAAUCCUGAUGAAUAAAAUCCAAGUACUGCAAAACACAGCUGCGAGGA